GACCGACUUUAUGCAGUCUUUUCACUGUCUUGAUUAAAAGAUACACCUAAGCAUAGUAAUCUAAAGAUUAAUGUAAGUUUAAUGUAAUGAUAAAAAUUGCAGAUAUCUUCAGUUUGUAUCUUCAUGCAUUUGACUCAUUUAAAAUAAUCAAAAGCACAAAAUUAUAUAAAACUCAUUGUGAGCUUUUAUCAAGAAAAAACAGCCACCAAAACAGCUCUGAUCCUGUGAGGACAGAAGAAUCUAGAAAACACAGUCUAAUUCACCAUCAGGGACCGAGUCCAGAAAGCAUCUCAAAAAAGAUCCUCCCUCCUACCAACAAUUGUAAUUCCUCCUGGCCUCAUGAUGUUUAUAAAGGCGACUCCACAAUCUGACCCGCAUCUUUACGACAAAAAUCAUCUAUCCGAGUCUCAUUUCAGAUCCUCAGAAGUCAUGGAGGGUCGACUACGUCACGACACAAGAUUCAGCUACAUCUUCAGAAGCAGCCUGCCCUCCUCUAACCUGACGACCAAUUCAGUCAAUGCGACACACGUCUUCAGUGUGUUCGAUGGCUGUGAAGAUAUGGUGGCCGGUGUCGUUUUUGACCUAGCUAUACAGUGCUUCAACGUGAUCAUAGGAAUACCUGCCAACAUCCUGGUCAUAGCAAACCUAAUAAACACCCGGAAAGAGCCUUCAACUUCUGACAUCUUCCUGGGCUGCCUGGCUUUCAUGGACGCCUACUUUGGAUUCAUGACGAUCAUAGCUUUCCUCAAUUUCUACCUUUGGAGGAGUGCUAUGGGUUAUAGGGCUAUGAAAUUCUCUUAUGGCGUGAAGGACACCAGUGGGCCGCUCUUCCUCUCAUGCGUCUGCCUGGAUCGCUUUAUAGCCGUUCUUUUCCCCAUCGCAUUCGGACAACUGAAGGACAUCAAAUACAGGAUCGGCCUGACCAUUGUGGUACUGCUGCUCACUUUUGCUUAUGCUUCAGCCAAAACCGUUGGUGGCCUCCCCAACUUUGAGAAGGUUUUCACUGGUGAGGUCUUGUUUGCUUUCACCUGGAUGGUUGUGUGUAACGUGGCCAUCCUCUGGGCACUGAAACACUCACGAGGCUCUGGUAAAGAUGAGAUGAAUCCAAUGAAAAGAAAGGCGUUUAAGAUGGUGCUGUCUAUCUUGAUCAUCAUCGUGAGCAACUAUCUCCCACCAGUUGCCAUGUUCCCCUUUGAAGACCAUUAUCCACACAAGAUCUUCACUUGCUAUGUGCAGCCAGUAUGUUUUGCCUUUGUAAACAUCAGCAGCACUAUUCAGCCCUUAACUUACUUGUCCCGCCUAGAGAAAGUACCAUUCUUGCCUGAAUCUUGUGUGAAGAAGUUAAGCUGCAAGGAAAAAGACAAACCCCCAAAGGAAUGACUUCUGCCAUGGUCUGAAAUAAAUGUUCUACACUACUGAUACACUGGCACUGAUUGUUAAAUGUAAAUUAGUAGCUUCAUUUCCAUAGUUAUUCAUAUCUCAAAAUAUCUUAUUAUUUUACUAGAUGUUUUCAGACUCUUUCUAGCUAUGUUGUUGAUGAAUUUUUAAUAUAUGCUUUGUUUGAAAUGUUAAAGCAUAAAUGUAUCUGUUGUAAAUCCUGAGACAAAUAAAACAUGCAAAGAAUCAUUUAAAGAGUUUUGGCGCCACCAUGUGUUACAGACAAGA